UCUUAAUUUGAUUUUUUUCCAAAUUUUUUUCUAUUCAUUUUGAAAAUUUUAAUAAUAAAUUAAAAAUUCAAAAAAUGUCCCCUAAAUGUGUCCAUGCUGCAGUUGGUGCAUCAAUAUUAAAUUGUAAUUUCAUACGAAUACGUGAAGAACUGCGUGAAUUGAUUGAUGCUGGUAUCGAUUUUGUACAUCUGGAUGUUAUGGAUGGUAAUUUUGUUGAUGACAUUACAUUUGGUCCAUCGUUUGUGCUCAAUUUGAUACGUGAUUUUCCUGAAAUUACAUUCGAAGUACAUAUGAUGGUUGAACAUCCAAUGAAAUUUAUUAAACCAAUGGCAUUGGCUGGUGUUAGCCGUUAUAUAUUCCAUUAUGAAGUGACCAAAAAUAAUUGUCCAGAAUAUAAAUACAGUGUUGAAGAAAUAAUCGAAUCAAUACGUGCAUCAAAUAUGAAUGUUGCAUUGGCUAUCAAUCCAGAAACACCGGUACAAGUAGUUGAACCAUUUCUUUGUUUAGUUGAUUCCAUUUUGAUUAUGACAGUACAACCUGGUCUUGGUGGACAAAAAUUUAUGGCCAAUAUGAUGCAUAAAGUUGAACAUUUGCGUUCAUUAAAACAAUCAAAAAUGAUCGAUAUUGAAUUGGAUGGUGGUGUUUCUUCGGCCAAUACUGAUAUUUGUGGAAAAGCCGGCGCCAAUCAAAUUGUAUGUGGUUCAGCAUUGUUACGAUCAACAAAAAAACAUGAAGAUGUACUUAAAAUGCGUAGUGAUUUAUAUUCAACAAGUGAUUAACUAUAUUCAAAUUGAAAUGAAAAAAAACCAACUUUCCAAGCUUUUCCAUAAAUUUUAUUUUAUUUUAUUUACAUUUACAUUUAUUUCCAAUUUUAUAUCAAUGUUUACUCAAAAAUUUUAUGUCCUAAAAUAAAGAAUAUAUUCGUAGUUCAAAGCAGAAUGAAUAUACAAA